AUGGAACAGGAUCGCGCUGCGCAGUCGGUCGAGGCUGGUCCAACCGCCGCAAAGGAUGUCGCCAUCGAAAUGGUUGGCGAGAAGAGCCAUGCCAUCGACCCGGCCGUGGCUGCUCAUGCAGUCAGAAAGAUUGACUGGUUCCUGAUCCCGGCCAUGACAAUUGGCUACGGCCUUGUAUACUAUGAUAAGGCCAUAUUGGGUUCGGCUGCACUGUUUGGCAUGACGACAGAUUUGAAGUUGAGCGUCCCGAGCCCCAGCAAUCCCUCAGUCACAGACACUUCCCGUCUGUCAUGGGCCACCUCGCUAUUUUACUUUGGCAUGCUGGCCGGCUUAUAUCCCAUGUCCUAUGCACUGCAGCGCUUUGAAACCGGCAGGACUUUGGGAGCUGUUGUCUGUACCUGGGCCCUCGUGUGUCUGCUGACCGCGGCCGUGACGACCUGGCAGGGUCUCUACGCCCAGCGCUUCUUUCUCGGCUUUAUUGAAAGUGUCAUCCCCACUGGCUUCAUGACCAUCAUCUCGGGUUACUAUACGCAGCAGGAGCAGUCCCUGCGGCAGAGCUGGUGGUUCUCCUCAACUGGAUGGUGGACCAUUAUCGGCGGAGCCCUCAACUAUGGCUUUGCCCAAAUCACUGGUGGCGGGCUCCAACGAUGGCAGUACAUCUAUCUGCUCGCCGGAUCCUUGACCUUUUUAUUUGGUCUCUUCUGCUUCGCCAUCCCCAGCUCGCCCGUUACUGCCUGGUUCCUGUCCGAGGAUGAAAAGUUUGCUGCUGUGGAGAGGCUGAGAUUGGGGCAAACCGGUAUACGCUGCUCCCAGUUCAAGGGAGUGCAACUCAAAGAAGCUCUGCUUGACGUGAAAAUAUGGCUCAUAUUUAUCAUGAUGGCUUCUGCAUACACCGUGAAUGGUGCUGUAUCCGGUUUUGGGCCAUUGAUCGUCUCGACCUUUGGAUGGAAUACGCUACAGUCCAUCGUCUUUCAAUUUCCGCUUGGUGGCCUCUGUCUGAUCACAAUCUUGUUGACCGGAUGGCUCGGAUCGCGGUUCCAGAACAUUCGCAUCAUCAUGCUCAUCGUUUGCUGUUUGCCUGUUAUUGCGGGCUGUGCAUUAAUCUGGAAAAGUGAAUGGACCUACCACGCUGCCGCCCCAGUUGUCGGAUACUCCAUCACUGGCACAUUUGGUGCAGUCGUGAGCUUGAUCAUUACCAUUGGCAUGUCCAAUGUCGCUGGCCACACAAAGAAGAGCUUUACCUCGGCAACCAUUUUUGUCGCAUAUUGUGUUGGAAAUAUCAUUGGUCCACAAUUGAUCAAAUCUCAGACAAAGGCUGCUCAUUAUCCAGAACUGUGGCUAGGUCUCAUCAUUUGCUACUGCAUUACUAUAGUGUCAUCCAUUGCUCUUUAUUUUGUGCUACGAAUGGAGAAUCGUAAGAAGGAAGCAGGUCAUGAGGACAACGAGAUUGAAAAGGCGAAAUUGGCUUUCCAGGAUCUAACAGACAAGGCCAACCCGUACUUUAGGUACCAGCUAUAG